AUGAACAUAAUUCACUGUGCUGCUAAUCACAGGUCAACAAGUAUGGCUGCUAAAAAACUGAUAUAUCCAGCAGCAGAACGUAAUAAGGAUCCUAUUUUAUCAGUUUUACGACGAUACAUACAACCCGGUACAUCUCAGAAGUUUUUGGAAAUAUCUUCCGGUUCAGGACAACACAUAGCACAUUUUGCUCCUCAUUUUCCACAUGUUACAUUUUAUCCUUCAGAAAAUGAAACACAAUUAUUAGAAAGUAUUGCCGCACAUGCUAAUGGAUUUUCCAAUGUAAAAAAACCUUUACAUAUAGACAUUACCACUGAUUAUCGAUUAUGGGGUAAUGGUAUUUUUUCGGAAAAUAGUAUAGAUUACAUAUACAAUUCUAAUAUGAUGCACUGUGCACCAUAUCAAUGCUCCAUAGGUUUAUUUCAAAAUAGUAAUAUAAAAUUCAAUAAAUCAUUAAAAUCUAUAAAUCCUGAUUUUGGUCUUAGAGAGUUGAGAGAAUUAGAAAAUUUAGCAAAAGAAAACAAUAUUAAUCUUGUAGAAACCAUUGAUAUGCCUUCCAAUAACAAAGUAGUUAUUUGGACAAAAAUUUAA